UACUGACAUGGUUUAUUUUGCUUGAGACACGACACGAGUUCCUUAUCAGAAGGUGAAGCGGAAAUCUGGGUAGGUAAUAAUGGUGACAGAGGCUAUGCUGCAGCUGGGUAUCUUAAUCCUAACCCUAUCACUCUUCUUCAUCAUGCACAAUAUCCGCAACCAAAUAACCCGACCCACAAACCGAACCCGAACUCGCAACAAUAACCGCCAACCCGACCCCAACCGCCACCUGGCCCAAGCAUCGCGCCACCUGGCCCGAGCCCGAUCCACCUCGCACCGAGCCCACCACGCCAAGACCGCCCUCAUGGAAACCGACCGGGCCCUCUCCGUCUGGCCCAGGGACCCGUGGGCCCACAUCCUCCGCGCCCAGGCCCUCCAGCUGAUGGGGCACCGCGCCGCCGCGAUUAAGUCCCUUGACGCCGCCCUCUCCUCGCCAGCGGCCAAGUCCCUCUCCGCCGCGGAGCGCGCCGGGGCGCUGGUGAGGAGGGCGGAGCUGAAGGUGGGCGUGAAUCGGCGGCGGCGAGUUGACUCGGGCAUAGAGGAUUUGGUGGAAGCGGUGGGACUGAGUGGGAAUGACUCGGAGGCGCUGUGUCUGCUGGGGAAGUGUUACGAAUGGAAAGGAAUGAAAUCGGAGGCUGAGGAUGCGUUCCAGAAGGUUCUUGAAAUUGACCCCGAUUCGGAGGAAGCUCGAACUGGCUUGGAUCGAUUACGACUUCUUUCGGAUCAAAAAUUAUGAUUAUUCAUUUUUUUUUUUUGGUUAUUAUUCGUAUUUGUAUUACUUUCGGUUCAUCUUUUGCGAUUCCGAUGUAUAAAAAAGAUUUUUGUUUGGACUUUGAUUA